AUGGCCUGGCAACCGGAACAAGAGCCCUUGCGGCAGUUAUCUGGGUGUUUGAAAGACUCUUUGAGUGGACACAACAAGAAUGCCCAAAAGCAAGCAGAGAUUAUGCUUGCCCAGGCGAAAACCUCUCCCGAUAUCAACAACUACCUCACUUAUCUGUUUUCCAGCUCUCAAGUCCCCCAGGGAUUGAAUUAUAGCACGGAGGAAUAUCAUGCGGUCCGAUCUGCAGCGGCUGUCAUGCUGAAAAACAAUAUCAAGACCGGUUAUAAGUCAAUAUCACCAGAGAGUCUUGCUCUUGUACGCUCCUCGGUACCUCUCGCAUUACAAGACAAAAAUCAGUCUAUAAGAGGAUAUGCUGGAAAUGUUAUCACUGAGAUUGUUGGUCGUGGUGGAAUUCUAGGAUGGCCUCAACUACUUCCGGAGUUACUUUCACUGAUUGGGAACGAGACUGGUAACAUUACACCAGAAGCACAAGAGGGAGCUAUGGCUGCUCUGGCAAAAGUCUGUGAAGACAACAAAAAAAUGCUCGAUAAAGACUACCAAGGCCAGCGGCCCCUGACUUUCAUCAUCCCUAAACUCAUUGAGUUUACAGUCAGCGACAAGCCGAAGGUCCGGUCCCUAGCCCUCGGAACUAUCAACGUUUUUAUUCCCCAAAAGCCGCAGGCAUUGCUUGUUUCUCUUGAUGAUCUUUUAAAUCGACUUUUUCAGCUUGCAAAUGAUACCUCAUCGGACGUCCGGCGGCAAGUAUGUCGAGCGUUUGUUCAGAUUGUCGAGAUCAGGCCAGACAAGAUCCAGCCACAUAUUGCUGGCCUUGUGGAUUAUAUGAUUGCGCAACAGCGAAAAAUUGAAGAUGAAGACUUGGCUUGUGAUGCUGCCGAGUUCUGGCUUACCGUUGGCGAGCAUGAUCAGCUAUGGAAAGCCCUUGGUCCUUAUCUCAACAAAAUCAUCCCUGUUCUUCUUGAAAGUAUGGUCUAUAGCGAAGAAGAUAUUGCAAUGCUGGAGGGAGGUGGCAACGACGCCGAUGAGGAAGAUCGUGCCGAAGAUAUCAGACCUAAGUUUGCCAAAAGCAAGAGCAUUCGGACACUCGCCAACGGCGAGGUUGUGGAGGAAUCGAGCCCGAAUGGCGGCUCAUACUCUAAGCUCGGAGGCGACGAUGAUUUAGAUGAGGGAGAGAUCGAAGACUUGGAUGACGACGAUGAUGAUGGAAAUCCAGAGGAUCGUUGGAAUCUACGGAAAUGUUCAGCAGCCGCACUGGAUGUUUUCGCAACUGACUUCCGGGGGCCUGUGUUCGAGACGAUUCUGCCAUAUUUGAUGACCAACCUUCGGCAUGAGGAAUGGCCUUAUCGUGAGGCUGCAGUUCUCGCUCUUGGAGCCGUUGCGGAAGGGUGUCUCGACGUUGUUACUCCGCAUCUUCCAGAUUUGGUACCUUAUUUAAUAUCAUUGCUGAAUGACCCGGAACCCCUUGUUCGACAGAUUACCUGCUGGACUCUGGGAAGAUAUUCUUCUUGGGGUGCAAGUCUCAACACACCUGCUUUACGGGCUCAAUUCUUUGAGCCGAUGAUGGAAGGCAUUCUCACUAAGAUGCUCGAUACCAACAAACGGGUUCAAGAAGCUGGUGCCUCAGCUUUUGCUCAUCUCGAGGAGAAAGCAGGGGCAACAUUAACGCCGUACUGCGAACCAAUUAUUCGUCAAUUCGUCCGCUGUUUCGAGAAGUACAAGGACCGAAAUAUGUUCAUACUGUACGACUGUGUCCAAACUCUAUCUGAGCAUGUGGGCCAUGGGCUUGCGCAGCCUCAGCUUAUCGAACUAUUAAUGCCGGCGCUCAUACAUCGGUGGAACAAGGUUUCUGACCAGUCGCGUGAGCUGUUCCCUCUAUUGGAGUGUCUAUCUUACGUCGCUACCGCUUUGGCUGAGUCUUUUGCACCCUUUGCGCAACCAGUAUUCACCCGAUGCAUAAAGAUCAUCCAUCAAAAUCUGGAAGAGUAUAUGGCAGCCGUGAACAACCCAAUUUUAGACUCACCUGACAAGGACUUUCUCGUAACGAGCUUGGACCUCUUAAGCGCUAUUGUCCAAGCACUCGAUGAAAAGCAAUCCGCAGCUCUCGUAUCCGGCUCACAACCCAGGCUAUUUGAGCUGCUAACAUUCUGUAUGGAAGAUCCUGAGAAUGACGUUCGCCAAUCAUCAUACGCCUUGUUAGGUGAUUGUGCAAAAUACGUCUAUCCUCAAUUAAAACCUUUCUUGCCGACGCUUCUGCCGAUCCUUACACAACAGCUCGACUUGGAUUUAAUUCUUGAUGAGCAAAUUGAGACGGGAUUCAGCGUGGUGAACAAUGCUUGCUGGUCUUCCGGUGAAAUCUCAAUUCAGCAUGGCAAAGAAAUGGGACCAUUCGUCGGUAAGCUCUUGGAGCGAUACCUCGAGAUUCUAAGUAAUCCAGAGGUCCCCAAAUCUGUACUGGAAAAUGCAGCAAUUGCUCUGGGGCGCCUCGGGCUCGAAAAUGCCCCUAUCAUGUCCCCUGUGCUGGCCACUUUCUCGGAGCCGUUCUUGAAGGCCAUCAACAGUGUCGACUACACCCUGGAAAAGGCCACUGCCAUGAAGGGUUUCUGCUUGGUGAUCCUAGGUAAUCCGCAAGCUAUGGAGAAAGACCUAGCACGACUCUUCACUGUCAUCGCUAGGUAUAACAUGGGAGAGGCCUUCAAGACUCCUCUGACAGCCGAUCUCCAACAAAUAUUCCAGCACACACUUGAUAUGUACAAAUCCCUUAUUCCAGACUUCAACGCCUUCCUCGCUGGCUCUAUUGCCGCAAACGACAUUUCAGCUCUUCACAAGACAUACAACUUGUAA